AUGGAAAAGCCUCCAGAAGAGGCUCCCACCGAAUCCUCGGAAAUCCAAAGACCAGCCAAGCCCCCAGAUGACAGCCACACAGAUGGCCAGGAAGACAGCGGGCAGAACCAGUAUGAAGUGGAGGCAGACCACCAGACUGAUGACAGAGCAGCUGACCAGACUGCCCAAAUGGUGUCUGGCCUAGAUGAACCCAACAUAGUUAAUCAAGCUGACUACAAAGUAGAUGAACACAUGGGAGAAAGAACAUCUGAUCAGGCUGAUCAGAGGAUGUCAGAACAGAUGGACAGCAAGGCAUCUAGCCAAGCUGAUGGUGUCAGGUCUGAACAUACUGACAACCAGAUGUCUGCCCUGCCUGAACAAGGUACUUAUGAGCAAACUGAACGGAGAACGUCCAGCCCAGCUGAGAGAAGGGCUUCUGAACAGUUCGACCGAAAGCCAUCUGUGCCAUCUUUACAAAGAGCCCAUGAGCAGAGUGAUCACAGAAUGCCCCGACCAGCUGACCAAAGAACUGCUCAACAAAUUGAAAGUAGAUUGUCCGGCCUGAUUGAGACAAAAACUUAUGAACAAGUUGAUCAGAGAUCAUCUGACCAAGCUGACCACAGAAGAGCUGCAAAGACUCACCGCAAAGUGCAUGACCAGGCUACUAACCAAGAUGAACACCCUGAGACUGACUCUGACAAGGCUGGUGGUGAAUCUGACCAGGCUGAUGACUUACUGGGCAAAGAGCAUGAUUACACAGAAGACAACCUGUUUGACUACGGAGAACAGUCUGAUGACAACAUAUUCAGACAACUUGGCUACGGCAUGGAAGAGGAAGAGGAUGACUUCAAAGUGCAACCCUGCAAAUUUGAGCCUAGCCAGACAGAUGCCAGCAUAUCUAAGACUUCCAAUGAAACUGACACUGAAAGUGUAGCGGACCUGCGAGUCUUCAUGCCAUUUGAUAACAGUACUUUACAAACAAAAGAACAAGCCUACUCUGAAAGGUUUCCCUCCAUUUCAUCUAAACUGGACUAUAUCAUCAGUCGAGAAAAACCUCAACCCACAGAAGUCGAGCCUGAUGAUUUUUCAACAUACCAGGAAAGGAUUUCUGAUGCAUACAGUCAACCUUUUAAGAGGCGAUUCCCUCCUAUAGUAUAUGAAGAUCCUUAUCAAGUUUCACUUCGAUACAUGGAGAAACACCACAUUCUGCAAAUAUUCCAGCAGAUCACUGAAAACUUAGUCUAUGAAAAGCCAGAGGAUCCCCUGAAUUUUAUGCUGGGCCAGGUACAGGAAAUGAUACAAAACAGAAACAAAUGUGAAACCUACAAAGAAUGA